GGUUACGGCUAUAGCACUCCGAAGACAGCUGGCGGGAAGGUGUUUUGCAUGUUCUACGCCAUGGUCGGCAUCCCGCUGAACCUCAUCAUGUUCCAAAGCAUUGGUGAGAGACUGAACAUUUUUGUAACCUUCCUACUUCGUCACUUCAAACGCUGCUUCAGAUUCCGCUCCUCAGACGUUUCGCAGACCAACUUGAUCUUCGUCUGCAUGAACAUGUCCAGUCUGGUGGUCGCUGGGGGGGCCUACGCCUUCUCCCGCAUUGAGGGCUGGUCCUACCUGGACGCCUUCUACUACUGCAUCAUUACGCUGACGACCAUCGGAUUCGGAGAUUACGUGGUGUUACAGAGGAACGAGGAACUGCAAAAAAAUUCUGGCUACUUCGUCUUCAGUCUCCUCUUUAUCUUAUUCGGUCUGGCGGUCCUCUCAGCCGCCAUGAACCUCCUCGUUCUCAGGUUCCUAACUCUGAACACCGAGGACGAACGGAAAGAUGAACUGGAAGCACUGGCCGCCAUCAGAUCCGCUGUGCGACUUGAAGGUGACGUCAUAACGGCCAACAACAGCAUU